GUACCGAACAGCUCACUGCGAACGGAGACUCCGCACUGAUCGCACCAGACAAGUGUUGUAUAGUGCUAGUGAAAAUGCAGCUGUGUGUUGCCCUCUGUUGUGUGCUCGUAACGAUAACAGUAACCACCACACGUGUGCGAGGAGAAAGCCAAAAUCAAGGACUAAUAGAUAGAAAAUCAGACAAACGAAUCAGUAAACGUGAGGCUACGCUGCUAAUUGACGAUUUCCACGUUCAACCUAUAUAUACCCACAAGCCCAAAGUAAUAUACCGAAGAGUAUCAAGGAUCGUGCCGCCAAAACCAUCCACCAAAUAUAGACCUCCGAGACCUAAAUAUGGUCCGUAUAAAGGAAGAAAACCAGGUAAAAAAUAUAGAAAACAAGUUCCUGCAAAAUUUGGGCCAUCAAGUUACAAGCCACGAUCACCUAAACCGAGGUAUACGUCCAAACGACCAAGCACUAAACCCAAGUAUAGUGUCCCAAAGAAAGUGCAACACUAUACUCCUUAUCCGCCUGAACCAACUGGCUUUGGAGAGCCACCUUCAGAUUUCGCGAAUGACUAUCCACCACAGAAACAAUCGUACGGGGAACCACCUGUAGAUUCUUAUGGGGCCCCAUUAAAGACGAAGAUAAUCGAACCAUACCCAACUCAACAAAUUUAUUCUGAAAAUCCAACACAUGCCAGCCAGUUUGAAAAGCAAAACUUUGCUCCAGAUUAUCUAUCGUGGCAAAGUUUCCAACGCGACAAAAACAUAGACAACCAGUACGCUUAUUCGCAGAAAAGACCAACAUACAUCAGACCAGAGGUAUUAGAAAGGCCAAAUGUAGACGAUAAUGAAGAUCCUGAAUUGAUAACUUAUUCAGAUAUAUACGCUUAUAAUAACAAAUAUAAAGAUCCCUACUACUUACACAAUAAAAAGAAGAAACCACAAUUUUUGGCCGACAGUGGAAAAGUGCCAAAAAACCGAUGGAAGACACGCAAGUUAAAACCUGAUGAAGAUGAAGAAAUAUUGGUUGGUGGUCAAUACGCUGAACCACCAGCAAGAUAUGUCCCUAAAUUUCAACCUAGUGCUCCUAUGUACAAUGAUGAGGACGAUUUCGCCCCACAACCAGGUUUCAGAGAGUCAGACAUUGCUUCAUCCGCAACUAUAUCCCCUUAUGUUAAUUAUAAAAAUAGCAACAUGGCAUUUAGCCCACAAAAUUUAAAUGAUGCAUUUAGUAUAGUCGAAAAAUAAAUCAUAUCUUCUUGUAUCGUAUCUGAAUGUUUUGUAAAAUAAUAGAUUUCAAUGUGUACAAAAUUAUCUCAUUGAUAAACUUUCUGUAUCAAUUAUUGAUUAUUUAUUUAAGAGAAGAAUUAAGACUGUGUCGUGCAAUAAUGUUAUCUUAGGCACCGCCAGGAUUAUCAAGUGUAAAUUUAAAUAAUAAAUUAAUAAACCAUA